AUGGCCGUGGCGCUGCGGUAUGUGUGGUGUCUCCUCCUGUGCAGCCCCUGCUUGCUCAUCCAGAUCCCUGAGGAAUAUGUCCCGGAUGAGGGACACCAUGUGAUGGAGCCACCCGUCAUCACAGAGCAGUCUCCCCGGCGCCAGGUUGUCUUUGCUACCGAUGACAUCAGUCUCAAGUGCGAAGCCAGUGGCAAACCUGAAGUACAGUUCCGCUGGACCCGGGAUGGUGUCCAUUUCAAGCCCAAGGAGCAGCUGGGUGUGACUGUGCACCAGGUGGCUCGCUCAGGCUCCUUCACACUUACGGGCAACAACAGUAACUUUGCGCAGAGAUUCCAGGGCACCUACCGCUGUUUUGCCAGCAACAAGCUGGGCACUGCUAUGUCCCAUGAGAUCCAGCUCGUGGCUGAGGGUGCCCCCAAGUGGCCAAAGGAGACAGUGAAGCCGGUGGAGGUGGAGGAAGGGGAGCCAGUGGUGCUACCUUGCGACCCUCCCCCCAGCGCUGAGCCUCCUCGAAUCUACUGGAUGAACAGCAAGAUCUUGCACAUCAAGCAGGAUGAGAGGGUGACAAUGGGCCAGAAUGGGAACCUCUACUUUGCCAAUGUGCUCACCACUGACAACCACUCGGACUACAUCUGCCACGCCCACUUCCUGGGUGCCCGCACCAUCAUUCAGAAGGAACCCAUUGACCUGCGGGUCAAGGCCACCAACAGCAUGAUUGACAGGAAGCCGCACCUGCUCUUUCCUACCAACUCCAGCAGCCACCUGGUGGCCUUGCAGGGACAGCCCCUGGUCCUGGAGUGCAUCGCCGAGGGAUUCCCCACACCAACCAUCAAGUGGUUGCGCCCAAGUGGCCCCAUGCCAGUGGACCGAGUGACCUACCAGAACCAUAACAAGACACUUCAGCUGGUGGACGUGGGCGAGGAGGAUGAUGGCGAGUACCACUGCUUGGCUGAGAACCCGCUGGGCACUGCCCGGCAUGCCUACUAUGUCACCGUGGAGGCUGCCCCGUACUGGCUGCACAAGCCCCAGAGCCACUUGUAUGGGCCGGGAGAGACUGCACGCCUGGACUGCCAGGCCCAGGGUCGGCCCCAGCCUGAGGUCACCUGGAGAAUCAACGGCAUUCCUGUGAAGGAGCUGAGCGAGGACCAGAAGUCCUGGACCCAGCAAAAAAACUCCCUGAACCUGAGCAACGUGCAGCCCAGUGACACGAUGGUGACCCAGUGUGAGGCUCGCAAUCGACAUGGGAUCCUGCUGGCCAAUGCCUACAUCUACGUUGUCCAGUUGCCCACCAAGAUCCUGACUCCAGACAACCAGACAUACCUGGCUGUCGAAGGCAGCACAGCCUACCUUCUGUGCAAGGCGUUCGGGGCCCCUGUGCCCAGCAUCCAGUGGCUGGAUGAGGAAGGGGCAACGGUCCUUCAGGAUGAGCGCUUCUUCCCUUACGCCAACGGGACCCUGGGCAUCCGGGACCUCCAGGCCAAUGACACGGCACGCUACUUCUGCCAGGCUGCUAAUGAUCAAAACAAUGUCACCAUUGUGGCUAACCUGCAGGUCAAAGAAGCCACUCAGAUCACACAGGGGCCCCGGAGUGCCGUGGUGAAGAAGGGUUCCAGGGUGUCAUUCACGUGUCAGGCUGCCUUUGAUCCCUCCUUGCAGCACAGUCUCACCUGGCGCAGGGACAGCCGCGAGCUCCAGGAGCUUGGAGACAGUGACAAGUACUUCAUCGAGGAUGGCCGCCUGGUCAUCCACAACCUGGAAUACAGUGACCAGGGCAACUACAGCUGUGUGGCCAGCACCAAGCUGGAUGUCGUGGAGAGCAGAGCCCAGCUCCUGGUGGUGGGGAGCCCUGGACCGGUGCCCCAGCUGGAGCUGUCCAAUCAUCAUCUGUUGAAGCGGAAUCAGGUGCGCCUGUCCUGGAGCCCCGCUGAGGACCACAAUGUCCCCAUCGAGAAGUAUGACAUUGAAUUUGAAGACAAGGAAAUGGAGCCGGAGAAAUGGUUCAGUCUGGGCAAGGUGCAAGGGAACCAGACCUCUACCACCCUCAGGCUGUCACCUUACAUCCACUACACCUUUAGGGUCACUGCCAUCAACAAGUAUGGCCCCGGGGAGCCCAGCCCGACCUCUGAGACUGUGGUGACACCGGAGGCAGCCCCAGAGAAGAACCCGGUGGAUGUGAGGGGGGAAGGCAAUGAGACCAACAACAUGGUCAUCAUGUGGAAGCCGCUCAAGUGGAUGGACUGGAACGCCCCCCAGCUUCAGUAUCGGGUGCAAUGGCGUCCUCAGGGGACACGGGGGGCGGCCUGGCAGGAGCAGAUUGUGAGCGAGCCAUUUCUGGUGGUGACCAACACGUCCACCUUUGUGCCCUAUGAGAUCAAAGUCCAGGCUGUCAACAGCCAGGGCAAGGGCCCCGAGCCCCACGUCACUGUCGGCUACUCUGGGGAGGAUUUUCCCCAGGCUAGUCCCCGGAUCGAUGGCGUCAAGAACCUCAAUUCCAGUGCUGUGCUGGUCAAGUGGUGGCCUAUGGACCCAGCCGAGGUCAAGGGCCACCUCCGGGGAUACAAUGUGACGUACUGGUGGGAGGGCAAUCAGAGGAGGCACAGCAAGAGGCAUGUGCACAGAGAACACGUGACGGUGCCUGCCAACACCACCAGUGCCAUCCUCAGCGGCCUGCGCCCCUACAGCUCCUACCACCUGGAGGUGCGGGCCUUCAAUGGGCGGGGCGCGGGGCCUGCCAGCGAGACCACCUUCAUGACCCCAGAGGGAGUCCCAGGCCACCCAGAGGCUCUGCACCUGGAAUGCCAGUCAGAUACCAGCCUACUGCUGCACUGGCAGCCCCCGCUCAGCCACAACGGGGUGCUCACCGGCUAUGUGCUCAACUACCAGCCCGGUAUGUGGGUCCCGGAGCGGGGCAAACAACUGGAUUUCAAGCCAGAGCUGCGGGCACACAACCUGACCAACCUCAAUCCCAACCUUCGCUACCGCUUCCAGCUGCAGGCUACCACGAAACAGGGCCCGGGCGAAGCCAUUGUGCGGGAAGGGGGCACUAUGGCCUUGUCCGGGAUCCCGGAUUUUGUCAACAUAUCAGCCACAGCAGGCGAGAACUAUAGUAUUGUCUCCUGGGUCCCUAAGGAGGACCAGUGCAACUUCAGGUUCCACAUCCGGUUCAAGGCACGGGGUGAGGAGAAGGUCAGCUCGGACAUCCCUCAGCAGUUUGUGCACUACAACCAGAGUUCCUACACACAGUGCGGCUUGCAGCCAGACACCGACUACGAGAUCCAUGUGGUCAAGGAAAAGCAAGUCCUGUACCGCAUGGCUGUGAAAACCAACGGCACCGGACGGGUGAGAUUACCUCCGGCCGGCUUUGCCACUGAGGGCUGGUUCAUCGGCUUCGUCAGCGCCAUAAUCCUCUUGCUUCUCAUUCUGCUCAUCCUCUGCUUCAUCAAGCGCAGCAAGGGUGGCAAGUACUCAGUGAAGGACAAAGAGGACACUCAGGUGGACUCCGAAGCCCGGCCGAUGAAGGAUGAGACCUUCGGCGAGUACAGGUCUUUGGAGAGUGACAACGAGGAGAAGGCCUUUGGCAGCAGCCAGCCAUCCCUCAUUGGGGACAUCAAGCCUCUGGGCAGUGAUGACAGCCUGGCAGAUUAUGGUGGCAGUGUGGACGUCCAGUUCAACGAAGAUGGCUCCUUCAUUGGCCAGUACAGCGGCAAGAAGGAGAAGGAGGCAGCCGGUGGCAAUGACAGCUCUGGGGCCACCUCCCCCGUCAACCCUGCAGUGACCUUGGAGUAG